CUCCCCCAUCCUCCCUUAUCUCUGCUCUAUCGAUCAUCACCAUGUCUCAGCUAGCUGCUUUGUGUAACGAACUACCCUCAAAGAUUGCUCGUCUCCCCAUUCAGAAACAGCAGACCAAACUCAAUGCCAAAGUGACAACCAUGCCUUCGGAUGCCUCCUCCACUGUUAAUUCAUGUCCCAUCAAAACCGUUGUGGUUUUAGUUCAAGAAAACCGCUCCUUCGAUCACAUGCUAGGGUGGAUGAAGUCCGUCAACCCUGAAAUAGAUGGUGUCACCGGGAAAGAAUACAACUUGAUCUCUGCAAAGGAUCCCAACUCGGAACGGGUUUACUUUGGGAACCAAUCGGAGUACGUCGACCCCGACCCUGCUCACUCGUUUCAGGCAAUUUACGAGCAGGUUUUUGGUGUUCCAUGGGGACAGCAGUCAUCAUCGGUUAAUAAAGCAGGCAGCGUUGCGAUGACAAUGAACGGAUUUGCACAGCAGGCAGAGAGCGUAGAGAAGGGGUUGUCGGAGACGGUGAUGAAUGGGUUUAGGCCGGAAGUAAUACCAGUAUACAAGGAGUUGGUGUCGCAGUUUGCAGUGUGUGAUAGGUGGUUCGCCUCGCUUCCCAGUUCAACGCAGCCAAACCGGUUAUUCGUGCACUCUGCAACGUCGCACGGAUAUAUCAGUCACGAUACUAUGAAGCUGAUCCAAGGGUUCCCACAGAAGACCAUAUUCGAUUCUUUGGAUGACGCCGGUUUAUCUUUUGGGAUAUAUUACGCCAACCUUCCUUCCACGCUUCUCUACAGGAGCCUUAGGAGAUUGAAAUACAUAAAGAAUUUCUAUCCUUAUGACGUAGAAUUCAAGAAGCACUGUGAGCAGGGGAAGUUGCCUAACUAUGUAGUGAUUGAACCACGAUAUUUUGAAACAAAAUCAAUGCCAGGAAAUGAUGAUCACCCCUCACACGAUAUCUCUCAAGGACAAAAAUUGGUGAAGGAAGUAUACGAGGCACUGAGAGCAAGUCCCCAGUGGAAUGAAAUCUUAUUCAUCAUCACAUAUGAUGAGCAUGGUGGGUUCUAUGAUCAUGUCCCAACUCCUACUGGAGUUCCAAGCCCAGAUGACAUUGUGAGUGAUGAUUCGUUCAAGUUUAAGUUUGAUCGCCUUGGUGUUCGGGUCCCUACCAUCUUGAUUUCUCCAUGGAUUGAGCGAGGAAUGGUUCUACACAGGCCUUCAGGACCAUAUCCUUCAUCCGAGUUUGAGCACUCCUCCAUUCCAGCGACAGUGAAGAAGAUUUUCAACCUGAAAGAGUUUCUAACAAAGCGUGAUGCAUGGGCUGGAACACUUGAUAUUGUCCUAACGAGGGAAAGUCCAAGAACAGACUGCCCAGAAACUCUACCGAACUCAGUAAAAUUGCGAUCUGUUAGUGGGAACGAAGAUGCAAAGCUGAGUGAGUUUCAAGAGGAGUUGGUGCAGUUGGCAGCUGCACUGAAUGGGGACCAUACCAAAGAUAUCUAUCCAGUGAAGCUAGUAGAGAACAUGAAUGCUGCAGCCGCUUGCAAUUAUGUUGAAGACGCCUUAAAGAAAUUCUUAGAAGGAUGUGGGACCGCCAUGAAGAACGGGGUAAAUGAAUCUGAUGAGAUUGUGGUGAUGGCUACUCCUACUGGACACGGGCCACAACCACCCUCUAGCUCUAAGUUUAGCUCCCUUGUUAACAAAAUUUCCUCUUGUUUCUUUUGUAACUACUGAUAGCAGCUAUCCCUUUACCAAAGCAUACUUUAAUUUAUCAUCUAUUAAUAUACAUAUAUACUGCCCCAACUUAUAGCUAGCUAGGUAGAUAAUAAAGAGUCCCAGCAGUAAUGAAAUUAAUGGCGGAGAGCAGAAACUUUGUUCAGGCACAUGAAAACCAUUUUGAUGGUUCAACUACUUGGACAUACAUCUUAUAGUGUACAAUUUUGUAUAUAUGGGCACGUUCAAUGCUGUGCCAUCUCCUAUGUGCCGUAGAUCCUUUGGUUUUUCUUCUUAAUUAAUCUGAUGAUUAUGUA